GUUAUGUCAAAAAUAUUAAUUGAGGUCAACGCUUGAUUAUUAAUUUUAGUGAAGAAAAUCAAUUGUAUCGACACGUCGUCGUUUUAACCACCCAAAAUGAACCUCUAUUGAGUAUCAGAAUUUGCGAGUGCAGACAUCAGAUCCGUAUCUCACCUUGCCGCAAAAUCACAGAAAACCAGAUCACCUUUUUACUUGAAUCAUGGCUGCAUCUGCAAGAAUCAAUGUGGCAGUGAUGAUGGUGAUGAUAGCUUUAACAAUCUCUCUUUAUUGGGAUUCAGCUUCAGCUUCAUCUGUCGGUGAAUUUGUUGACAAGACCAUUAAUUCCCACACAAUCGUCAUCUUUUCCAAGACCUAUUGUCCGUAUUGUAGAAGAGCAAAAGCUGUUUUCAAAGAGUUGAACCAAGUACCACAUGUUGUGGAGCUUGAUGAGAGAGAUGAUGGUUCCAAGAUUCAGGAUAUUUUGGUUAAUAUUGUUGGGAAGCGUACUGUGCCACAAGUUUUCAUCAAUGGAAAACACCUUGGAGGAUCAGACGAUACUGUUGAAGCUUAUGAAAGUGGCCUUCUGGCUAAACUUCUAGGAAUUGAGACAGAGGAUCAUCGUGAUGAUCUCUGAAUCAGAUUAUUCAUAAGGGGAAACUCUCUUUCGACGCUGUGAUUGUAUUUUGUUACAAUGUGAAGUUUUUACAUAUAAAGGGCAUGAUAAGAUUAGAUUUUGGCACAGUUAAAGUUUUCGUUUAUUAUCCGAUACAUUAGUUUAUAUUUUA